GGAAAAAAGAAACCAUAGACUUUUUAUCUCGGCCUAGAGCGGCCCUUAAAGUGCAGGGGAGAGGUGGGUGGGUAGGGACCACCCCAGCAGGCCGCCGGCGGUAUCAUGGCGACCCGGAAUCCCCCUCCCCAAGACUAUGAAAGUGAUGACGACUCUUACGAAGUGUUGGAUUUAACUGAGUAUGCAAGAAGACACCACUGGUGGAAUCGAGUGUUUGGCCACAGUUCCGGACCAAUGGUAGAAAAAUACUCAGUAGCUACCCAGAUUGUAAUGGGUGGCGUGACUGGCUGGUGUGCAGGAUUUUUGUUCCAGAAGGUUGGAAAGCUUGCAGCAACUGCAGUAGGUGGUGGCUUUCUUCUCCUUCAGGCCACAGAAUUUAUCAAACAGAACAUCGUGAUAUCCAGUGGAUUUGUGGGAGGCUUUUUGCUAGGUCUUGCAUCUUAAGGACAUGAAUGUUCUACUGCAGUGGAUUUGAUAAUGAAAAGAGAAGUGGUGGCAACAAGGUGGUCUCUCAACAGUAUGUGCUGCCAAAGUCUGCAGGGCAAGGAGGAACCAACUAGCUGGACAAUACUAAACUUACAACUUAGCAUUUUUGCCAUCUGAAGCUUGGCAAAUUUGUACCUGCUGUUAAACAACCUGUAUGUUAUGUGAAAAUGGUAUUCCUGAGUAAAACAUAGCUUUCGUCAGUUUUUAAAAAUUUGUUUAGAAAUUAACCUAUAAAUAUCACCAUUGGGUAUAGAUAUGAAGAGAAAAAAGUCUGUUGGAUUGA